CAUCCAUGCCGAUUCCUCUCCUCCAGAAAGCCCCUCAAUUUUGCGCCUCGGCGGAUCUGGCAGCCUGCGGUUUCCAUUCAGCAUGAUACCGAACCCCUCCUAGUCUUCGUCCGCUGGUCGCGUUGCGCAGUUAGCCUGGCUCCGGCGCUAUCAUCCGCCCCUACCACCGUGUCCCCGUCCUUCCCCAACCCCACCGCUCCAAUCCCUCGAUACCCCUUCGGAUGAUGUUCCUCAGGUCGAUACCCCCAUUGCACUGUCAUAGAAUGGUUGACCGGCACUAAACACCAACAUGGGCGAAUUAUCCGACCGUCCCCACCAGCAAGGACUGCAGACUGUCGACGUGGCGGCAUCCUGCGGACAGCACACGCCAGCAUCCCCCCGAACGAUCGAGCGAGAGAGGGGCAUGGACAAUGGUAUUCAAGACUUGGAAGGCAACAAGCAGGGACGAGGCAUGCCCAUGGCAUCGCAUCACGCGGAUGAGGCGAAGGAUCGUGCCGACGGGACUGGUCAUCUUGUGCAACGUGGAGGACCUACCGCCUCGGUCACUGCUGCUCACGAUCGGAGCGAUAAGGAGGGGACUGUCUAUCGAAUUGGCGCGGUCGCCAGCGACCAUGGCCAUAAUGGGUUUCCCAGCCAACCCAUGACGAACGGUGACCAGAAAAGCGGUCAGCUUUCGCUCUCGUCAGACCAGACCCUAGGGAUGAUCUUUGAACACUCGUUGGAGGGCCCGGCCGGUGCAGAUCAUCGUACGACACCCAGAACCUCCCUGGUGGAUGUCUUCGAAGGCUCCGAGGUUGUUUCCGCUCUCCACCAGUGGUCGCGGGACACAUCACCUGCGAAGAACCAAGAUCAAGACCAGGAGCGGGUACAGAAGUUAUCUCCGACCAAGAUGCAGGAACUCACAUCGUCCCCUCAGUCUAUUCCCUACCGUGCAGUUCCUUCGGAGGCUGAGCGUGGUCGACGCGCGGUGUCAGACGGCACGCAUGCAGCCCUCCAGUCGGAGCUCGACCCAUCUGCGACACCUUCCUCGAGCGAGACGAAACUCACCGGCGACAGUAUCCCUAAACUUCGAUCCCAUAAAGACCUGUCCAUCGACGUUCCUGCCAUCACAGCGAAGCCAUCCAUGUCAUCAUUGCGGGGUCGUCCGCCAGCUUCUCGAGCCGUGUCUACUCCUAGCUCGCGCCGACAGACUAUGCCGGCGACGAAUGAACGACUGACGCAGACUUGGGCAUCCCGAGCGAAACAAGAGCGCGCAUCUAUCAAUCGAGAGUUAGAUACCAAGUACCUUACACCAUCCCCAUACAUUGUCGAGCCGGCUCUACCGUCUCCUAUGCCCCCAUCCAUUCCUCUUCCUCCGUUAUCGGUCCCGACAUAUUUACAACUUGAAUUGGCGUCGGGUCGGCCCUCUCCUCUAUAUAUCCAUCGCUCUGCAAUGAGCGACUUUCCUUACGAGUCAUCUCGAGUAAAGCUUGAGCGACUGAUGAAUUUUUUAAUGCUGCCUCCGGCGCUGGAGCGAGUUCUUUGGUUCGGCAUAUUAGCGUGUCUUGAUUCCUGGCUCCAUUCAUUCACGAUACUUCCUCUGCGUUUUGUCAAAGCAUUGUAUAUUCUGCUGGAAUCAUGGCUGGUCAACCUCGGUGUGGAAUUUCGUUAUGUGACGGGGUUCAUCUUCAAAGGCGUCGGACGAGUGUGGCGGAGACGGCAUCGAGCGUCGUCGGUGGACGAGUCCAUGAGAAGCACCGCCUCUGAAAAGCAGGAAAAUGGGUCGGUGGAACGAGAGGUUCGCAUUCGGGCCCCGGAAUCACGCAAGCGACACCACAAGCACCGGCGGCAGAAGAGCAUCCCGUCGGCCUUGAUGCCGGAUGACAAGGCUGACAUUCUUAAGGGGCUGCUCAUGAUAGCCACCUGCUGCGUACUGAUGCGCUUUGAUGCAAGUCGGAUGUACCACUGGAUCCGAGGGCAGGCUGCGAUCAAACUCUAUGUGAUCUAUAAUGUGCUCGAGGUCAGCGACCGUUUGUUCGCUGCCAUCGGACAGGAUGUACUUGAAUGCCUGUUCUCGCGGGAAGCUCUCGAGCGUCGCCCGGAUGGACGCAGCAAGGUCUUCCGCCCAUUCGGCCUGUUUUUGCUCGCACUGGCGUAUACUGUGAUCCAUUCCACGGCGCUUUUCUAUCAGGUCAUGACGCUGAAUGUGGCGGUGAACUCGUACUCGAACGCGUUGAUCACCCUGCUGCUCUCAAACCAGUUCGUGGAGAUCAAGUCGACGGUGUUCAAGAAGUUUGAGAAGGAGAACCUGUUCCAGCUUACCUGCGCGGAUGUUGUUGAGCGGUUCCAGCUUUGGCUGAUGCUGACCAUCAUCGCGUCGCGGAACUUGGUCGAGACCGGCGCAUUCAACAUCCUUGGUAGCUUGAGCUCCAGUCUGGGAGCGUACGCAUCUACGGGUACAAACAGCACGCCUCUAACGACACCGCCUCGAACCUCCUCGUCCAUCCUGCCACAGGCCUUCACCAUCGUUCCGUCAUCGAUCAUUGCAUCAUUCAGCCAAGUCAACACGUAUCUGCCGACCCUGGCGCAGGUGCUGGGACCAUUCCUGGUUGUUCUCGGGUCGGAGAUGCUAGUGGACUGGCUGAAGCAUGCCUACAUUGGUAAAUUCAACAACACGCGGCCGGCCAUAUACGGACGCUUCCUGGACAUCUUGACGAAGGACUACUACACCAACGCGUUUGCAGAUCAGAAUCUGACUCGGCGCUUGGGAUUGCCGGUGAUCCCACUGUCUUGCCUCUUCUUCCGCGUGUCAGUCCAGACAUAUCAGAUGUUUAUAACAGCCCUGCUCCCGCAACAGCCGUCGUCCACGGCGGUAGAGGCUACGUCAUUGUCAGCCAUCCACCGUCAGUAUGUGCCGGCCCCGAUGCCCUCGCCGCCCCCGUUGACGCUUCGCACGUUCAUCCCAACGUCCACGGCCUACGCAGGAGCGUUCUUUCGCCAGGUGCUCGCUAACGCUAUGCCAUCACCUGCCCAGUCGGUGUACAUCUUUACCAUCGUCCUAAUUCUUACUGGCUUUGUGGUGCUGCUGAUCUUGAAGCUGCUCCUGGGCAUGGUUUUGUUGGCGUACGCGCGGUCCCGAUACAAGGCGAUGAAGCUGCGUGAGGUCGAGCAGGCCCAUCCUCCGCCGGCAGCUCCUUCUGGUGAGCCUAACGGGGCGGCACCUCGUGGACGGGCAUUUGCAGUUGAAGGCAGCCGACGAGUAGGGGGCUGGGGCGUAGUGGAGGUCAACGAUGACCAGCGGCGGUGGAUCUACGCAGACGACCCAGACGGACUGCGCCGACUAAAGACCAAAGAGGAAAAGGACAAAAACACCAAGGAAGAUCUGAACAUGGACCAUGUACAGCGAUACGAGAUGGUGGCCAAGCGGAUCUGGUAGAUGUAUUUAUAUCCUAAUAAGUAGAUUGUAUAUGCUACCUGCCUACACCCGGAUUGAUUCUGGGGUAGCAUGUCAAGACCGCACAUCAAGUUUAUACCCGCAAGCCCGAGACAAAUAUGAUCACUGC